UGGAAUGCAAGAAGAAGUCGUCGCUUGCUCAUGACAUAUUUUCCCCGCGACAUUCAACUUAAGCAGGUGAGCUCUCGACGAGUAAAUAGAAAUAUCUUUCUGGAGAAGGACCGUGUAUUUACCUUGAAAAUGCUCAAAAAGAAAUCAAGUAGCACUGAAAAGAAACGGAAACACUCGCAGUCUGAAGAAAGACACGAAAACAAUAAACGCAGAAGUGCGGAAUCCAACUUGGAGCAGGACUCUAAGGACGAACUCGCUGAUGCAGAGCUGGACAGGAUUGGCAGUGACAUUGAGGAGGGCGGACUAAACCUCACCCUGCCGUUCCAGCCCAUCACUGCUUAUGUCACUGACAAGCGGGAGAUGCUGGAGCAGUGUCUCCAUGUGCUGGGGGAGAAGAAGCUACGGAAAAUGCUGCCUGAUGAACUCAAGGACUGUAGUUUGGAGGAAAUCAGAAAGAUGUGCUGGGAGCAACUGGAGUCAAUCUCAGAGAAAAAUCUCUUACAGAUCUUAGCAGGGGAGGAACUGACAUCUGGAAAUGGUGAUGAAAACACAGAAGAGACCUUGGAAAGCCAGCAAGACAAUAAUGUGGACUCUACAUCUUGCCUCAAAGAAACUGUAAAAACUGAGGACCCUAAGCAAGAGGGUUCAGGUGAGGAGAGUGACGUCCUAAGCAUAAACGCAGACACUUACGAUAGUGACAUAGAGGGACCCAAAGAGGAGCAGACUGUUAAAGCUGUGGACGGGGCAGUGAAAGUAGUGGAGAGCAGCAGGGAGAGCGCUGACCCAGUUGUAAACCCUGACCCAGCAAACCCUGAACCUUCCACAGGCCCUCAACAAACCGAAGCAAAGAAAGACAUCCAAAGUGACAUCGACAAAAGUGUCAGUGAGAUAUUAGCACUUUCAUCCUCUUCAAGCAAAGAGGAAGCUAAAGAACAGAGUGUCCCUCCGCAGUCCACAGAUGUUAGUUUACCUGCUCAAGGCGCACCUGUUUCAAGUCGUGCACCAGCAGCAGGUCAUCCGUCAAUUCAGCAACUGGAGCUUCUGGAGUUGGAAAUGAGGGCGAGGGCCAUCAAGGCCCUGAUGAAAGCAAGUGAUGGGAAAAAAAUGUCUGUAACCAAAAAUGUGUAGCAUGUUUUAUUUAUUGUUGGUUGAUACAGCAUAGGGCAUCUUUUUAACCCCUCAUUUAUUGUUCUGAGUGUACAAUUCAAACCUUGUUUUGCUAUUACUCCAUAUUGGAAUGAUAUUACAGACUAUUUAAUGCAAAAUUAAAUGCAUCUGGGCCUGUCCUACAUUGAAUGAAUGUCUUAUGAUUAACAUAAUGGUAUUUCCAAAUGUAUUUUUCGCUCUCGUCACUAGAUGGCAGUGUUAUCCUGCCGCUGUCCAUUCAUAGCAAUGUCUUAAUAUGUGCAGAGGAGAGCAAGAGAUCUGCUCACAUUACAGUCAAAAUGGUCAAGACAAGGCAAGUUUUCUUAGUAAUGUUAUUUAGUUAUACACUUGGGCUAAACAUUUUACAAUAGUAGAGGAUGUGAGAAUAUCAGAUCAUUUUGUAUGUAGGCCGAGCUUUGCCAGCCAAAGUAGGUUGCAGCAGUGUUGUGCUGUCAUUUACAGUAGACACACCUGCGGUAUUUCUUCACUGAACACCUGUUUGACGUGUCAGGCUGAAGUAUGAAUAGUAAUACCAUGCGCUGCCAUCUUUUCCACUUCUUGUUUCAUCUACUAAAUGUUAAGGCUGGAUUCUAACAACAGGUUUGGCAAAAACAACAAAAAAUAGUUCCCAUGGCAUUAGAGACAACAUACAGAGACCCAUGCCACUUUUAUUCACCAGAGUAACUUUAAAAUAUUUGCUUUCUUUACGUCUAUGUAGCGGUUGUUAUUAAUACAGUCUCCUCGCCUUAUAUAGUAGCAUUUUUGCUGUAAUUCAUUUGGAGGCUGCUUUGUUCCUGUAUCAAUGUAUGUGUGCAAUUACAUGCAAAUGCAAAGCAAAACAGCUCUCUACCCCAAAGGAGACAAUGAAAUGUAUGAUUAAAAAGUCAGUUGCCUCCUGGGUAUCUGCAUUUUGAAAGUGUUAUUUCAUGGGAGGAAUGAGGGUUAAAUGCCUCUUUCUAUUAUGCAUGUAUGUGCAAGUUUCUUUGUACUCAUUGAUGAUGUGAAGAGGAAAAGGUCCACUUUAGUAAAAAGGGAUAAAAUGAUUCUAAAGUGCUUGUAGUGGCUAUGAUUGCUGAGUAUUCAGCUGUCAUUUUACUGCUAUUAGAAUGGCAAUUAUGUUUUGGUAUGAGCAGAUAAAUUGCUUUUUAAGCAGAUCUUUAAAUGAGUAGGC